AUGGCUAACAGGCUUGGCAAGGUAAUUGGCCAGGUGGUUCGCAGUAGCCAAACGACUUUUGUACUUGGGAAACAUAUGCAGGACCAUGUGUUGUUGGGGUACGAGCUUAUUAGAGAUUACAGUCGUAACAGCGGCCCUCCAAGAUUUUCGGUGGUUGCUGAGUUGAGAACAAUGAACUGGUUAGAAAUACAAGGCAGAAUCAGAACGAAUAUUCUAACUCCAAACAAGUUAUAUGGAGCAUAUUUAGUAAUGAAAGUUUCUCAUCGAGCUUAUGGACUUGACUCUGAUCCUUCAGAAAUAUCAAUUAGGAAAGGAAAGAAGGUAAAGAGAGGGAAAGCAUAUCUGUGUACUAAAGAUGAGAAUAAGUCUAAUUUGGAGACAUUGUUUUAUGGAAAUAGAAGAAACAGAAUGGUUCAAGGACAAGAAGAUGGAGAGAAUGUUGGAGUGCCAUGUAAAAGAGAAGAUGGGUGGAUGGAAAUUGAGAUAAGUGAAUUUUUGAGUGGUGAAGGUGAUGAAGAAGAGAUUGAAACGAGUGUUGCUGAAGUUGGUCAUCAGUUGAAGGGAGGACUUAUUCCUGAAGGCAUUGAAGUGAGGCCUAAACAUGCAUAA